UUUGAUCAAAUUCAAAACAAAACCAGGGAAGUCAGGGAAAUGUGAAAUUGUAAUUUAUGGAAUGCAAUUAAACUAAAACUAAAUCUAAUGUACACAAUACAUAUAUAAAUAAUACUUUAUUAGGAGCAGUCUCAAAAUAUAUAAUAAGAUCAAUAAAUGGCUGUUAAUUUAGAUUUAAAUAAAAUUUGCCGAACAUGCCUAACAGAUACUGUUCCUUUAAAGGACUUGUUUUCAGUCUGUUCACCAGAAAUUUUUAAGUAUUGCACUUCAGUUGAGAUUUCAGAUGAUGAUAAACUACCCAGGAAAGUCUGUGAGAUGUGUGUUGCAUUAUUGCAAAAGUUGUAUCAGUUCAAACAAAUAGCAGUUAAGUCAAAUACGGUGUUACAACAUCACAUUGAAGCUACGAAGAGGAUAAAACUAGAACAUGGAUUCGCAGACAGCGAAAUAGAAAUGCCUAUAGCUAUACUGACCGAAGAGACACAAUUCACACAAUCUAUAAAUAACAGUUGUCCUGAAUUGCACAACAUACCCAUCCAGGAAGAAAAUCAAAUAAGGAAAAGAAGAAGGAAAUCCGAGCCGAAAAAGAAAAAAGUCCGUAUGAAAUGCCCAAAAUGCGAGAAAACAUUCCAAAAAUACGAAAAUUUCGAAGCCCAUAUGAGAAAUCAUUUUGGCAAGAAACCCGACAUAAAGUGUGAGCAGUGUGAGAAGACAUUUCCGAAUUUAAGAAACUUACAUAGUCACAUUAGGACUCACACUGGUGUUAGAAAAUAUCAAUGCUUGACUUGUGGAAAGAACUUUGCCUACCUCAAUGUGUUGAAAAAUCAUGAAUUAACACACAGCGGAGUCAAGAAAUAUGUUUGUCAUAUAUGCAAUGCUAAGUUUAUUCAGAGAUAUAACUUGAAGACUCAUCUAGAUACACACACGAACCAGAAAAAGUAUAUCUGCGGUCAAUGUGGCAAGAGAUUCUCGCAGCCGGGCAAUCUGAAGAUCCAUCUAAUACGGCAUACAGGGAUUAAGAAUGUUGCUUGCCAACUAUGUGAUAUGAGAUUUUAUGUUAAAAGCGACUUAUUCAAGCACAUGCGGUCGCACUCGUCCGACAAGCCGUUCUCGUGUGAAUACUGCGACAAAACUUUUAAGAGCAAAAGCUUCCAAAUUGUACAUCUACGUUCGCAUACAGGCGAGAGACCAUACGCGUGCGAUUUCUGCCCUAAGAGGUUCAUGUCGCGCAAGGACAUGAGGAACCAUCGCAUGAUCCACACCGGGGAGCGACCCCACAAGUGCGCGCUCUGCAACCAAGCGUUCAUACAGAAGUGUGCGUUGAAUCGCCACAUGAAAAGUCACGAGAAAGACGGGCCGGUGAUGAACGCCAUCCAAGGGAUCGAGCAGUCGGCCGUGGCGGUCUCCUACGCGGCCUGGGAUGAUGUGUGAAAAUUAUAUAUUUUACUAGCCGACCCGGCAGACUUCGUAGUGCCUCAAUCGAUAAAUAAAAUACCUAAGUUUUUGUAUAAAAUAAACAUAAAGCAACUUAAUAAUAAGUACCAUUUUGCCCUUUUAACCUGUAACCCCUUUGUCAACUCAUGUCUUCAAUUACCCAUAAAAUUGAAUUAUAGACAUCAAGUCGCAAGGAUCCUCCUUGGCUGGCUUUCAGAUUGUGAUGUGUAUUGGCCCCAAUAAACACUUCAUACCAGCUGAGCUGAGACCUCAAUAACUUACCUAAGGAAUAAAUAAUACAAAGAAAAUUCAAAUUUGUAUAACUAAUUUCUUAAUAAUAUCAUAAUUCGAUGUUUGUAAUGCAUGUAAAAAUAGUUUUGGAUCUAAUCCGAAACACAAUAAAAAAAAGAGUGACA